GAUAAAUGGAUCUCUGGAUCAUCCAGAUCAACCAGAUAUUGAUGCUAUUAAGAUGUUUGUGGGACAAAUCCCACGGUCAUGGUCUGAAGAGCAGCUUCGUGAACUGUUUGAACCCUUUGGAUCAGUCUACGAGAUUAAUAUUUUACGAGACCGGAGCCAAAACCCACCACAGAGCAAAGGUUGUUGUUUUGUAACAUAUUAUACUCGUAAAUCAGCCUUGGAAGCACAGAAUUCUCUACACAACCUGAAGAUCCUGCCUGGGAUGCAUCACCCAAUCCAGAUGAAGCCAGCAGACAGUGAAAAAAGCAACGCAGUAGAGGACAGAAAACUUUUUAUUGGAAUGAUCUCCAAGAAGUGCAAUGAAAACGACAUCCGACUGAUGUUCUCUCCAUAUGGCCAGAUAGAAGAAUGUCGGAUACUUCGAGGCCCUAAUGGACUCAGCCGUGGAUGCGCAUUUGUAACAUUUACAGGUCGACAAAUGGCCCAGUCUGCUAUCAAGUCAAUGCACCAGUCACAGACUCUGGAGGGCUGUUCAUCACCCAUUGUAGUGAAAUUUGCAGAUACUCAGAAGGACAAAGAACAGAAACGCCUGGCUCAACAGCUGCAGCAGAUGCAGCAACUCACUGCCACUUCCAUGUGGGGAAAUUUAUCUGGUUUCCACAAUCUUGGACCACAGUUCCUUGCACUCUACUUACAGUUGUUGCAGCAGUCUACCUUCACAGGAAAUGCACUCAGCAAUUUACACCAAGUUUCAGGUCUGAAUUCCAUGCAGAGUCUGGCAGCUUUAGCUGCUGCAGCAACAGCUACACAGGGCACAACUUCAACUUCCAACAUCAUGACGACAUCUAGUAGUCCAUUAAGUGCACUAACCGGCUCAGGCAUGGCAACAAUAAAUGGCAACCUUUCUUCUGGUGGCUUGUCUCAUGGCUCAGGUAAUACAAUGGAGGCACUGAGCCAAGCCUACUCAGGUAUUCAGCAGUAUGCAGCUGCUGCCCUACCCAACUUCUAUAAUCAGAGCCUACUAUCCCAGCAAAACGUGUCAGCUGCUGGCAGCCAAAAAGAAGGACCAGAGGGAGCAAAUCUUUUCAUUUAUCACCUGCCUCAGGAGUUUGGAGACCAGGACCUGCUGCAGAUGUUUUUACCUUUUGGAAACGUGAUCUCAGCAAAGAUUUUCAUUGACAAACAGACCAACCUUAGCAAAUGUUUUGGCUUUGUGAGCUAUGAUAACCCAGUGUCAUCACAAGCAGCCAUCCAGUCAAUGAACGGUUUCCAGAUCGGUAUGAAAAGACUGAAGGUCCAACUAAAGCGUUCAAAGAAUGAUAGUAAGCCUUACUAGCAUUGUUAAGGCCUAUAGAACAAAUUGUGUUAUAGUAAGUACAUGAAUGAAGAAUUAUUUAUUUGGCAUUUACUGUACUGUUGUUUUCAUUAUAAAAGUACAAAUAAUCACUACAUAGCUCUUAAAGCUUGCUGUGCUGUGAAAGUACAUUAUUUUUUAUACAACAGACAUGAUCAGUUUCUAUACUAAAUUGAUGGUCAUGUUUUGUAGAAUCAUCUUGCUGUAUGAGUUUUUUAAGUCAAAUACAUAAUGUGAUACACAAUGAUUCUUUUCCUGUUUUAUCUGUUAUCUGAAAAGUUUCUCAAUAGCAAACUAUUCAUAAAAAAUUACUUUUUCCCUUUGUAUAGCAGUUAAAUUAUUUACGUUAGGUAUUAUUGAAUGAGUUUUAAAAAUA